AUUGGAGGUUAUUUACCAGGAUGAGAAGCAGCGAAGACCUCGAGGAUGCGAACAUCCCCUUGCUAGGGUCACCGAUAGCUAUAGAGCCUGAGGAACGGGGCGCGAUCCAGGUCUUCCCGCUGUUGCAAAGAAUCAGAAAGGACAUCGAGGAAAGUAUUGAUGCAGCACUUUCCUGGACACAAUUAAACGCGCCUGAUGUCAACUUUGCAAUUGUGCGCCCGCUCGUGUUCAAGUAUGAGCAGCUGAACAAUUCGGCCAUAAUCUACUGUUUCCUCCUUGUCCGAUGGCAUUUCGUGACCCUGUCCGAAUCGGAUCUCGCCUAUGCAGGUGUGAACUCCUCUCGAGCGGCAUUAUGCGAGCUAUUAGCGACCAAACUCGUUCGCGGGCUCUCCCAUCGCCCGAUGGAGCUGGCCUCCGCCCUCACAGCUAGCUGGAGCGUGCUCCAAGGAGCAUCCGUCCCGGCUCUGGCACAGAUCGGACUGGCGGUCGGUGGGAAACCUCAAGAACUCGAGGAACCAAUGAAUGCCUUGGAGAUGGGCAUCUUCUCCCAAGCCAAAUUCUUCAUGUCUUCUCCACUCGUGCAGGGUGUGGUGAAUGAGAUAUGGUCAGGGAGAGUUCUUUAUUCUUCUUCGUCCGAUCGCUCUUUGGUAGCAGACAACUACAAGACGCGUUUCAUCCAAAUCUACGAUGCGCGGGUCGCACCGUUCCUGGAUCAUUAUCGGCUCCGAGUGCCAAGAUACCGGGCACUGUUGGAGUUUCUCAACUAUGUCCUCCUGCUUGGACUGUUAUGUCUUUGUCUUGCCAAUCGAAACCUGCAGCACAUUAACAUUUAUGAGGCCAUAUUCGUUAUAUUCGCAUUUGGAAUGGUAUUGGACGAAUAUGCCUCCUCGCAGGAACAUGGAUGGAAGAUAUAUGCCGCUAACAUGUGGAACACGUUUGAUCUUACUUGGGUUCUGAUGUUCCUAGUAUACGUUGGAUUUCGUGUCAGAAGUCUGUGGCUGCACGACGAUCAGGCGGCAGACACCGCUUUUGACGUACUGGCAUGUAGCUGUGUCGUGUUGUUUCCCCGCGUGGCUUUCUUCCUGGUUGCAAACAGCGUGAUCAUCCUCGCUCUCCGAAGCAUGAUCAAAGAAUAUGUGUUCUUUAUCUCCAUUUGCAUGAUCUGUUUCUCGGGCCUACUUUUCACUUUGUGGCGGCUCGGCGACCACAAGUGGCGCCUAUCACAGAUUGCGUGGCUCAUGGUUCAGGUAUGGUUUGGCAACACUUUCUUGAGCUUUUCCCAAGCGGAGAGCUUCCACCCGAUCAUUGGGCCCGUUCUUAUGGUCAUUUUCGCUGCAUCUGUUGGUCUUAUCUCCACAAUUCUAAUUUCUAUCCUGUCAAAUACAUUUGCACGUCUUAACGAGUAUGCCACCGAGGAGUUUCUGUUUCAGUUUGCCAUCUCCACAUUGGAAGGCGUUAAAUCUGACGCACUAUUCUCUUAUCAACCACCAUUCAACCUUCUUGCAUAUUUCGUUCUUUGGCCUCUAUCACACCUCUUAUCCCCCCGUGCUCUGCAUACUAUCAACGUAUUUCUAAUUCGUGUUACUGCACUGCAUAUUCUCGUCACCAUUGCUGUCUACGAGCGUUAUUUUGCGCCUCGAUCAAGCUUCUUGGAAAGUCGUAGAACUAGCGGGUGGAAGAACGUCUUUCUUCCUAGACAUUUCAAGAAAAUUGCUUUCGUUGAGGCAUUCAUCGGAUCCAACAACAACGAUCUUUUGAAGGCUGUUUUCCAGGUCGUGGCACCACCCGGAGAGGUCAUAUCUUCGGACGAUGAGGAAGAUGACCACCCCGAGGACAUCCCGAUCAUUCGGGUUCCUUCCCCCAAUCCUGAAACACCCAAGUCACCUACUUUCCCACUACAGCCAUCCGCCCCUUUCCCGUCCUUGCUUCGCACACCAUCGACUCGAUCACCUUCUCCUGCACCUGAUCGUGGCCGCCGACGGGUCCCGUCUCAGACGGGCACUGCGUACUCUCCCCUAGCCAAACUCUUCAAUCGUGGUAGCUCUGUUGAAAGCGACGAUCGAAGAGGCGUGCUAGAUGCGAACGCGCUUAUUGAGGCCAGCAAGAGGAUGGAACGAACCGUGGAGGCUAUGAGGGUGCUUCCGGUCACGAAGCUUGCGGACGAAGUGAGAGAGUUGCAGGAGAGGCAGGCGAGGAUUGAAAGCCUAUUAUUGAGCCUGACGAGAGGUAUGCGCGGAGAGGGAAGGGGUUCGAAGGGUUAGGGUGGCCGGCAUUCUAG